AUGACCAAAGUAGCCACAGUUCUAAUGACCCUCCUGGGUACUGCAUUCGCUCAGAUCGACAGAACCUGUAUCGACAUCGCCUUCAACUCCGAAACAAACACACUAUCGGGCAAAUGCCAGCCUCGCGAUAACUCAGGCUACAUCCCCUCCGAGCUGGACCUCAACGACUGUUUCGGCUACGACGGCACUACCAUUACACCAACUUAUCAUGGAAACUUCGCUGAAAGCUGUCACGGGUGUGAGAUGUUCGUAGCGCCUGAUCCGUGGUAUGGCGGUGCGGAGUACUGGAUCAGAUGUACUUGUGAGGGGCAGAGUGAAAAGGUCGCUGUCCCUCUUGCCCCUGAUACUGUGAUCCGACCUUUCACGAUUGACUGGGAUGUGUAUACGGUCGACAAUUGGACCUCAGGAGAGGGAGAUAUUGACACCUGGGGUGAUGCCCAUCGAUAUCACCGCUUCAUCAUUGAUCGUGAGUGGAACCCGUAUGAAAUGUACCAUAACUAUCAGUUGCAAAACGACCACAUCAGACCGAUGCUCGACCGUCCCUGGGGAAGCAAGGGGGUUGCGAGGGGAGAUGAUGGGUGUUGGACGGAUCGUGAGUGGACACGCGUGGUUCGCCGCGAAGAUCGCAUACCGCCUUGUGAGGUAAAGGGGGAAGACGAGGAUGGGGAUCAUCCCUUGUUGAUUUGCGACGACUGGAGGUUACCAGAAUGGAUCCAUGGCCAGAGCUAUCAGGAGAUUGAAAAGGCUAUCGGCGAGCGCUGGACCGAUCUUUAUGUCACAAGGGUCAUUACCCCUAGAUUCCCUUAG